CCCUCUCGUGUAUAUAUCUUUCACUAUAUAUUAAAAAUAAACUUUUUAGAAUGUAUUUUUAAAUUAAAUUACCAUGGCUGCCAAAUCGGUGGCAACUGCUACAGUUCGAGCUGUGAAAAACAGAAGACUUCUACCCACAAGAGCAGCCCUACUUCUUACUCCUUCAGCUGUAAAUCGAGUAAAAGAACUGUUAAAUGGAAAAAAAGAAUUUGUUGGACUAAAGAUUGGUGUUCGACAGAGAGGCUGCAAUGGCUUGUCAUACACUUUGGAUUAUGCAACGCAAAAAGAUAAAAUGGAUGAAGAGGUUGUGCAAGAUGGUGUCAGAAUUUUUAUAGAUAAAAAGGCCCAGCUAACACUAUUAGGGACUGAGAUGGACUACGUAGAAAGCAAAUUAAGCAGCGAAUUUGUGUUUAAUAAUCCGAAUAUAAAGGGAACUUGUGGCUGUGGAGAAUCAUUUAGUGUAUAACAGGAGAAGAUUUCUAGUCAAAUUAUAGUACAAGUUUUUUUUGCAGAUAAGAAUCCUCUUAUUCUAAUUAGAAAGACCAUGUAAAUAAUUUAUUCAAUGUCUAAUUAUAAACGCGUUUUGAAUCUUUUACUAAUUGUAAUCAAAACAUAAAAAAAUAGAAAUA